AAAGCACAAAGCCUUUUAACGCGAAACAAAAAAAAAAAAAGUCAAUCCUUAGCAUAGACUUGUACAAUUGUGAUUUUCUUCUCCAAUGUCGGUUUCUGGUAUCCAAGGAUUCCUUCUUGAGGUCACUGUUGUCGCGUGUAACAAGUUGAAGGACACAGAAUGGUUCUCACGCCAGGAUCCGUACGUUUGUCUUGAAUACGCCAGCACCAAAUUUCGUACAAGAACAUGCACUGAUGGUGGUAGAAACCCCACAUUCCAAGAGAAGUUCGUGUUCACACUGAUUGAGGGCCUUAGGGAGUUGAAUGUUGUAGUUUGGAACAGGAAUACAAUCACUAACGAUGACUUCAUUGGGAGUGGAAAGGUUCAACUUUAUAAGGUUCUUUCACAGGGUUAUGAUGAUAGUCCUUGGACGCUUCAGACUAAAACUGGCAGAUAUGCUGGAGAAGUACGACUCAUAUUGCAUUAUCCCAAUGCCAAUAAAUCCGCAAAAAGCCAUGCUCCAUCAGCGCCACCGUAUGUAACACCACCGUAUGUAACACCACCUGCACCACAAACCUCCUUGUACUCUACGCCUCCACCAGUCUCUACAGCUCCUUACCCGCAACACACAGGCUACCCAGCUCCAUCUCCGUAUCCUUCGUACCCAUCUAAUUCAGGAGGGUAUCCACCAUCUUCAUACCCUCCUCCCCAGCCAGCUGCCUAUCCUCCCCCACCAUAUCCGCCUACGUCAGCUUAUCCUGCAUCUCCGUAUCCGCCUCCUCCGCAAGCCUCUCCUUAUUAUCCUCCAGGUCCUUUUCCUGGACUCUAUCCUCCACCGCCAUACUGAGAUACAUCCUGGUCGUGUCCAAGCUUAUCAAGUGAUAAUAGAUAAUUUCCAAGGUUAGCCAAAUCAUGUAUAGGAUUUUUGGCAAACGAGGAUAGUUGUGCAACAUGCUAAGUUCUUGACAUUUAACUGUUGAUAGAUUCUGUUUGAAGGAGUUCUUCCUCCGCAAGCCUGUUAUUUUUAUUGUUCUUUCCUUUCUCCUUUUGAGGAUAGAUAAUAUUUUAUAUAGCUUUUUUUCCUUUUUUCUUUUUAAUUCCUAUGUUCUAAGCGUAUCAUAAUACUUUUGUCGCAUCUUAAUCCAUCAUUCUGACUUGGUUUUGUAAUGUUUGAAAUGUAAAGAAAUGGAUUGCUUGAAAUGUCAAUACUGGUUUUGGCUUCACUCUGAAAACGUCAGAACUCAAACCUGGUACACAAGAAUUUGCAUU